GUUCAGUCGGCAGCCUGACGUCUCCUUCCCGAGCUGCAAGAGGGCCUUGCCAAACAUUCAGAGUCGCCAUAAAUCUUUGACCGCGCGCCGGGCGAUCCCAUCUUCCUCCCAAACCACGGCUAAUUCCUAGUUAGUGCCCCUUUCGGCGAUAGAAUCCCCGAGAAUUUCGCCCGCACCUCCUUCCCCGCGCGGUUUUCGAGCUUCGUCUUUCAGGCAGUCUGUGGAGGAGACAAGCAGGAGGGAGGGGCACAUCGGACUCGCAGCUCGGCUGCCGAAUUCCAAGAACGAGACCGCGCAGCUUGCGAUACGAUCCCACACCAACAUCGUGCUGUUUUUUUCGGCGGCUUUUGCACCCAGCAUCAUGGCGUCCAAUGGCAGUCAGGAGGCCUUCACGGUCCCCAAUGUCCUGGCAGCUAUGCUGGCCAUGAGGAGCGGGGACACCGAGAAGAAGAAGGCUGCGGUCGAAUACCUGGGACGAUACCAGAAAUCAAAUGAUGCCUGGACAACGACGAUAUCCAUCCUGCAAAACUCAACCGAAGCGGAAGCGCAGCUCUUUGCAGCGACGACCCUGAAGGGCAAGAUCACAUAUGACCUCGGGACUCAGGUUUCAGAGGCAGACUUGCCGGCGCUGCGCAGCCAGAUCCUGUUGCUGCUCAAGAAGUAUGCGCCGGGCCCUAAGCCGGUGCGGGUUCAGCUAUGCGUUUGCCUAGCGAUCCUGGCCAUCCAGAUGCAGACAUGGAAGGACGUGUUGCCCACCGUUGUCUCGACCCUCGGAAACGAAGUCGAGAGCCACGCCUGCAUCUUGGACUUCCUGCGCGUACUCCCGGAAGAGGUCACCGAGGGCCGAAAGAUCACCUUGUCUGAAGAAGAUCUCGCCCAGAGGACAUCAGAGCUGCUGUCCGACAACGCCGAGCAGGUUGUGCAGUUGCUCGUCAACUAUGCGCAGUCUUCCCCCGCUGCCGCGACAAACCCUCAGCUUUUCGACUGCAUCAGCUCGUGGCUCCGGGAAGUGCCCGUUAGCGUUAUUGUCAACUCGCCCCUUAUGAACGCCGUCCUUCACGGCAUCACUGACGACAAAUCCCUGCUGGCUGCGGCCGACUGUCUGGGGAUCAUCUGCAGAGAAACCAAGGAUGUUGACGACAAUUUCGACACAAUCCAGGCUCUGCUUCCCAAGGUGCUGGAGCUGAGGCCUCGCAUCCAGGCGCUGGUGGACGAGGAGGAUAUCGAGGGUUUCAAGGCCAUCACCAAGGUCUUUGCGGACGCUGGUGAAUCGUGGGUGUUGGUCAUCGCCCGCCAGCCUCAACACUUCCGCCCGCUAGUCGAGUGCUUGCUCGAGUGUUGCGCGAGGGACAAGGAGCGGGAUGUCAUUGGUUACACCUUCUCCUUCUGGUACGAGCUGAAGCAGUACCUGACCCUGGACCACUACAUGGAGGCCCGAGUGCAGCUCAUCGACGUGUAUGCCAGACUUGUCGACAUCAUGCUCAAGCAGCUGGAGUAUCCGUACUCCGACGACCCCAACGAGCUCGACCUCUUCGACGGCGACAGGGAGCAGGAGGAGAAGUUCCGCGAGUUCCGUCACCACAUGGGCGACACGCUCAAAGACAGCUGCGAGGUCAUGGGGGUUGCCGCCUGCCUUACCAAGGUACACGACGCCAUCAAGUUGUGGCAAGAGAAGUACGGCAGCCAGGCGACACCAACAUCGGUGCCUCACUGGCAGUCGCUAGAGGCACCCCUUUUCGCGAUGCGGGCGAUGGGACGCAUGGUGGAGUCGCAUGAUAGCAGUGUUCUGCCUCAGAUAUUCCCUCUCCUGGUCCAGAUCCCCAUCAGCAACGAGAAGCUGCGGUUCGCUGCAAUCAUGGUCUUUGGCCGUUACACAGAAUGGACAGCGGCGCACCCGGAGUUCCUCGAACCCCAGUUCCAGUACAUUGUCUCGAGCUUUCAGACAGACUCGCAGGAGAUCCUGCGCGCUGCCGCUCAGGCGUUCAUGUACUUCUGCGUCGACUGCAAGCAGCUCCUCAGCUCGCAGGUCGUUCAGCUGCAGGCGUUCUAUGACCAGAUCCUCGACAAGCUUCCUGUAUCGAGCAAGGAGGAGAUCACAGAAGGCGUCGCCUACGUUGUCGGUGCUCAGAAGACUGAAGACGUGUACAAACUCCUCAAGCUGUACUGUGAUCCGCUCGUGCAGCGACUGAUGGCCAAGGCCAACGCGGCCACCGAGAACAAGGCCAAGCUUGACCUUGCUGAUCACAUCAACCUGCUCACCUUCUUUGUACAACACGUUGUCCCGUACCUGCCCAGCAACGCGGAGAACCCUGCUGUCAAGUACUGGCAGGAGGUGUUUCCCAUCUUGUCGACCAUCCUCGACAACUUCAUCGACUUUGUCCCCAUCUGCGAGCGGGUCUGCCGUUGCUGGCGGUUCAUGGUUAUCUCGUAUCGGACAGCCAUCACCCCUCUACUCGGGCCCCUUGCCAACAAACUGGCAGAAGGAUUUACGCAGUCGAAGCAGGGCUGCUUUCUCUGGGCGACGAGCGCCAUACUACGCGAGUUUUCCGAAGACCGGGAACAAGUGGAAGAUGGCAUCGCCGAGAACAUCUACGUAUUCUUUGAGGCGCAGGCGACAAGCGUGCUCCGCACCAUGAGCGACCUGCCGCCCGUCGACCUUCCGGACGUCAUCGAGGACUUCUACCGCCUUCUUAUCGACGCCCUCCUCUACUACCCCACUAAACUCAUCCCUUCUCCCUUGUUCACCCCUAUCUUCCAGGCCGCCAUUUCCGCCCUGGCCCUGGAAAAACAGGAGCCGGUCUCGGCGGCGCUUCAUUACAUCCGCGACCUUCUCACUUACGGCGGGACCAACCCGGCCGGAUCUGGGAGCGACCUCGGACCAGCGUCCGAACAACUUCGCCAGAUUGUCAAAAAUCUCCUUCUCGCCCAGGGCGAAGCCCUCGUGAAGCAGACUCUGGCAGGUAUGAUGAUCACGUUCCCUCGAGACUGCUUCGCCGACGGCAGCGGCGUGCUGCUCGGCAUGUUUGAGCUGCUACCCGCCGAGACAACCACUUGGGUCGAUCGCACCGUCCGCAUGCUGCCCCAGGGCACCAUCACCCCCGCCGAAGCCGACCGCCUGCUCGCCAGGAUUAGGGAGAGGUUGCAGGGUGGCGAUCCGGCGAACCUGAGGCAGAUUCGGGUGCUGCUGCAGGACUUUACGAAUACGUACCGCCGGAGGUAUGUGGCGCCGCGCGAUGGGCUGGGCCAGUUGGAGGCUGCACGGUUUCAUUUUUCGGGUUGAGACUUGAGAGAGGAGGAAUCUUUGGCUUGGGGCGGAGGAAGAGGAGGAUGACGGGAUUCCGAGGUUGCCC